UAGCCUCCCGCUCGUGUGCAGUACAGAGGCGGUGACCGAGCGAGUCUGCGGUACAAGUGCGUUCGUUCGAGCGAGACCGGGAGCGAUUCAUGGACGCGUGAAAGAGAGAGACACACACGGGAAGAAAGACACGGAUAAAGGAAAGGAGAGCAGAAGAAAAGUGGAAAUAAAGGCAGAGGAAGAGGCUCAGCGACACCCACCUGCAGACUUUCCCGCACCUUUCCCUACCCCCCCCCUUCCCCCGCCCCCUCAAGCAACAAGUGACUCCGCACAACCGCUGGAAUGUUCGCGCGAGGUCGCCAUGGCUGUGGAUCCCUCCCGAGGCUGCUCCUGGUGCUCCUGUCGCUGCUGAUGGCGGCCCGCGUGCAGCCCUCGCCCUUCGCCGAGUACGAGGGACUGCCCUUCGCCUCUUCCUUCGAAUCCCACUUCGUUCCGAAGGCCCCUUCGCCGGCCGCCCCUCCUUCGGCCGCCUCUUCGUCGUCCUCCUCCUCCUCCUCCUCUUCGCUGCCGUCGUCGGUCGCGCGCGCACGCUCGCGGUCGUUCCCGACUCGCCACGACGCGGACGCCAGGAUGAAUGUCGUGUAUGAGGCCAGCGACUACGACGAGCAGGCGGCGGCGGCGGCGGCGGCGGUGGAGGCGGCGGUGGAGGUGCUGCAGGAGUACGACUUUCCGAAGGCGAAGUCGCUCGAGGCCGCAGGAUCCUCCAACUACAGCCCCUCGCAGAAGGCGUCCCUCGACAGUACCAAAAAUCUGCAACAGAUCCUGCGCUCCUUCCCGCUGGUGGUGGGCGGCCAUGUGCCUCCCCCGUCCUCCAGCAGCCCCUACGACGUGUGGAGGAGCUUCCAGGAGGGCGUGGAGGGGGACCAUCGACCCCUCAGCGGCGGUAGCGGGGGCGGGGCCGGCGCGGGGGGCGUCCCUCAGGCCCGCCUCCCGGAACUGCCCUUCGGAGAACCCAGACCCAAGAGAGAAGCGGACGCGCCCUCCAUAACCCAGAAGAAGCGACCGUGCAUCCUGUACCUCCGUAUCUGCCCUUUCCGAUCGCUCAGAUGAUAAACCUCCCUCUUUUCAUCGUUCAAUUUGAUGAACUCUUCGCUCACGAAAACCUCCACUUCACGGACGGAAAUAAAUGAACAAACACGAUUUUCUUACGAGUUUGGGUCAGUGAGCAAUGAUCGAAAGAAGCUAGAAAAGAAAACGGGAGGUGAAGAGGAGCUUUUUGAAGAGAAAACGGGAAGUGAAGAAUUAGUUUGCGAAGAAGAAAACGGGAAAUGGGAAUCGGGUUGGGGGAGAAUGAACGGUUUUCGAAAGUAGGUUUUGAGACGGACUGCAGUGGAACAGACGAUGGUAAUGUCUGUGAGUGUCAGCGAUGGAAGAAUUAAACAAAGUCUGAUAACAGAAAAAAGAGGAAAUUGAUUACACUCGUAGAUAUUUUUUUUUAUAGUUGGAUCUGUAAUGAAAGUCAAGUAGAAGUCUGCUUAUUCAAAUUUACAUUUUAGUUCAGCACAGAAUUUUAUGUAUAGAAAAGCAGAAUACAGAUAAUGAUCCUUCAGGCACAAAGACAGAAAAGAAACACACACACACACACAGACACACACACACACACACACACACACACACACACACACACACUCACACACACACACACAC